AUUUUCUAAAUUGGCGGGAAAGACACUGGUAAACUCAAAGCAACCUUACCAGACGAAAAAUCUUAACCAUGAACAUAGAUAAUGAGCAAAGAGUGCGUGAUAUUCAACGUGAAUAUCUAGAUUUUAUUGACGAUGAGGACGAUCAAGGUACCUAUGCCCAAAAAGUUCGAGCAUUAGUUACUGAUAAUAAAGUAAGACUCAUCGUUAACAUUAAUGAUCUCAGAAAAAAGAAUGGAAAAAGAGCUAGAGAGCUUAUACACAAUGGAUUUGAAGAACAAAUUGCCUUCCAAAGAGCCCUUAAGGAUAUGGUAGCCAAUGUGGACCAUGUUUAUGCUAAAAGUCAGGAAUCUUUUUUUGUUGGGUUCGAAGGAAGCUUCGGAGCGAUGCAUGUUACUCCUCGUAAUCUAUCAUCAAGAUAUCUCGGAAAGAUGGUUUGUGUUGAAGGAAUCGUUACAAAAUGUUCAGCUGUUAGACCUAAAGUCGUCAAGAGCGUUCAUUAUUGCCCAGCCACUAAGAAAACUAUUGAAAGAACCUAUACAGAUAUGACAUCUCUAGAUCCCUUUCCGUCAUCGGCGGCUUACCCUACAAAGGAUGAAGAUGGAAACCCUUUAGAAACCGAAUAUGGUUUAUCUCUCUACAAGGAUCAUCAAACAUUUUCCAUACAAGAAAUGCCUGAAAAAGCACCAGCAGGUCAACUACCAAGAUCCGUUGAUGUUGUUUCAGAAAGUGAUUUGGCCGAUGUCAUUAAACCUGGCGAUAGAAUUCAAGUUAUUGGAAUGUAUCGUUCGUUACCGGGAAAGAAAAAUGGCUACACAACAGCCACUUUUAGAACAGUUUUAAUAGCAAAUAAUAUUUCUCAUUUUCAAAAAGAAUCGGCACCAGUCUUCUUCUCCGAAGACAUUAGAAAGAUACGCAACUUUGCCAAGUUGCAAAAGAAGAUAGACAUUUUCGAUUUGUUAGCUAAAUCGUUAGCCCCAUCUAUACAUGGUCAUGAAUACAUUAAAAAAGCUGUUUUAUGCCAAUUACUAGGCGGAAAUGAAAAGGUUUUAGAGAAUGGAACAAGAAUAAGAGGAGAUAUUAAUAUUCUUCUAAUUGGUGAUCCAUCCGUUGCGAAAUCCCAAAUGUUGAGAUACGUUUUAAAUACUGCACCAAGAGCUAUAACAACCACUGGAAGAGGUUCUUCCGGUGUUGGUUUGACGGCUGCUGUUACUACAGAUCCGGAAACAGGUGAGAGGCGUCUAGAAGCUGGAGCUAUGGUUCUAGGUGAUAGAGGUAUCGUUUGUAUUGACGAAUUUGACAAAAUGUCGGAUAUAGAUAGAACUGCAAUUCACGAAGUUAUGGAACAGGGAAGAGUAACAAUUGCCAAAGCUGGCAUUCAUGCCAGUUUAAAUGCUCGUUGUAGUGUUUUAGCUGCCGCAAAUCCUGUUUACGGAAAGUAUGAUCAAUAUAAAACUCCUAUGGAGAACAUCAGUAUGCAAGAUUCUCUAUUGUCAAGAUUCGAUCUCUUGUUUAUUGUUCUGGACACGAUGGAUCCGGAACAUGAUCGUUCAAUAAGCGAUCAUGUAUUAAGAAUGCAUCAAUAUAGAGCUGCUAAUGAGGAAGAUGGACAAGUACUACCGCUAACAUCUGCUCUUGACAUUCUAUCAACCAAGGAUACUGAAGUGAGAGAUGAAGAGGAAACGGAGACCGCGGUCUAUGAAAAGUACGAUAAAGUUCUUCACGGUCAAAGAGCGAAUAAGAAAGAUAAAAUAUUAACGUUAGCGUUCGUUAGAAAGUAUAUUCAUAUCGCUCGGGAUAUACAGCCAGUGUUAACGACUGAAGCUGCCAAUUAUAUAUCAGAGGAAUAUUCCAAAUUGAGAAAUCAAGAGAAUUUACAACAAGAAAGAAUUGCAAGGACUCAACCUGUAACUGCUCGAUGUCUUGAAACCAUGAUAAGAUUGUCAACUGCCCAUGCUAAAGCCAGAUUAUCGAAGAAAAUAGAGAUGGAAGAUGCACAAUGUGCAGUUGAACUUAUUCAAUUUGCCUAUUAUAAGAAGGUACUAGAAAAACCUCGUGGUAAAAAACGUAAGGAAGAUGAUGAUAGUGAAGAGGAUGAUGAGGAAAUUGAACAGCCGCCAAAACGCCAAAGGCGUCGAUCAGGCAGUGAAAAAGAUCCAUACGAAUUUGAUGAGGAAGUUGAUGACAUACAAAGAGAAAAAAGUAAGAAGCAGGCUUCAUCUCAAAAGUCGACAGAUGGCGGUAAAAUCUCAGAUGAAAGGCUCAAGAAGUUCAAAUUGGCACUUUAUCACGCAUUUAAGAAGGAGCAUUCACAGUCUCUACCUUUCGAUAGAAUGAUGGAUUUAAUCAAAGGUAGCGGAGAAACAUUCGAGAACGAUGAGGCAAAACAAGCAAUUGAAAAAAUGUCAGAAGAUAACCAAGUUAUGAUGGCAAAUGAUACGAUAUUUCUGAUUUAG